AUGGAUUUGUCGAUCCCCUUCUUCCAGAGCGAGCUUCUGUUCUACCCUAGCCUAUCGUGUGUAUCCAGUCUAUCCUUAACGACACUCAUUUCCUAUGGGGUAUAUGGCACUUUGGACUGGAGACCCAUUGUCAUAUUCACCUGCUCCGAUUUUCUUGCCAUGGGGCUUGAUCACUACCUUGACAAUGCUGAAAACCUCGCUCAAGCACGAGCGACAGGGAAUGAUGGCGUUGUAUCGGUAUUCACUCAAGCGCGUAUGAUGUUAAUCUGCGUCGCGUGUAUAUUAUUUGGCGCCCUCUUGUGUUCUCCUAUACAGACGUGGGCUAUCACAGCAUUAUUUGUCGCACCUGCGCUGGUCUGGAACAGACCGCUAUUCUGGUUACCGAUACGUGAUGUGGCCAACGCCCGGGGAGACGACGAGGAGCCAGCUGGGUUCUUCAAGCAUGGGUUCGUUAUAAAGCGUAUACCUGGCAUGAAAGCUAUUAUUAUUGGGGUGAUCCGCGGUUGUGGGACGUUCGCCGUGGUACACUCCGUAUUGUCUCCACGGUUGCUGAACAACGAAUCAAGCAUGUGGACUCCAACACAGCUACUUAUAUGGUCUACGAUCAACUGGAUCUGCCAUACGACGAUGGCAGAUGUUCGCGACUACAUUGACGAUCUGAAAGAGGAAAUUCCUACCUUGCCAGUGCUUUUUAAGUCCGUGCUCAAGACGAAGGUGCUCCUGACGUUCUUGCAUGCCGUCAACAUCAUCAGUUUCUCCCACAACGUGUAUAUCGUAUUUGGCUCCCUCUACGCUACGCUGCUCGUGUGGUUAUUGGACGAGAGCAGUCCGAGGAGUCAUUUCGUCUUCAGCAUGGAGGGCCAGCCUUUAACAAUUGCUCUAUAUUUCGCCGUUCAGGCCUGCAAAAAGCUCCCUGCGUUUGCAUAG